CAUGAGACAAAGCUGAAGGAUCCUUAACUAAAGCGGUGGAGCAUUUACACUGCCUUCUCUCUCAUCAGCAUCAAACAGCCCUGGACAAACCGAACAAGGGGCCUGGGAGCGGCGUAGGGGAGCCCCUCCCCCCGCAAAGUCUGUGGCAGGACACCCCGCACGCGCAGAUGCCCUGCACUACUAAUGUGCAGCGUUGGGGGCUGGGAUCCCCACCCCAAGAAGAGUUGGGGUGCACACGGGGCAGCGCGCGCCCACACCCGGAGCCCGGCCCGAGCCCGCACCCCCCACCCCCGGCACUGCGGGGAAGGGCGUUUGCAGCCGGCCGGGCCGGGCCGGGCCGGGCACUGCGGGAGGCGGCGGUCGCAGCCCCGCUUGGCCCGGCCCGGCCCGGCCCGUGCGCUCCCCCCGCGGGGCCGGGCUCCCUCCCCUCUGCUGCCCGCCGGCUGCGGGGCUCGGAGCGGGGCAGCGCCGGGGCCGGGGCCGGGGCCGGGGCCGGGGCCGGGCAGGAGGCGGCCGGAGCAGAGGGGGAGCCCGGCCGCAGCCGCCCCGCCGCCCCCGGCCCUGCGCCGCCCGCGACCUGCCGGGCUCUUCCCGGCACCCCGGGGGCUCCGGGCCUCCGCCGGCCGCGCUGCCCAGGCUGCCCCGGGGGGUGGCGGGGGCCGCCCGCGCCGGACAAGGACCCCGGCCUGCGUGUGUGCGCGUGUGUGCAUGCAUAUUCCCGCACGCGGGCACGAGGGUGUGCGUCUCUCCAUUCUGUAUGUGCAUGUCAGUGUACAUGUGUCUGUGCGUGCAUGCAUGUGCGUGUGUCUGCGUGCAUGUGCGUGCAUGUCUGUGCAUAUGUGCAUGUGUGUUGAUGUGUGUGCGUGUGCAUGCAUGUGCAUUUGUGUGUGCAUGUCUGUGUGCACUCAUACAUGCAUGUGCCUGUGUGCAUGAGUCUGUGUGUGUGCAUGUGUGCAUGUGCCUGCCUGCGUGUGCAUGUAUGCUGUUUGUGCAUGCGUGCAUCUCCAUGCAUACAUGCAUGUGUGUUCAUGCGCUCCUCUGCAUGUGCGUGUGCCUGUCUGCACAUGUGUCUGUGUUCAUGGCAGAAGAGUAUAUUUGUGUCUGUGUCCAUGUGCAGAGAGUGAGUGCCUACAGUGCGCUCCUGUCUGCAUGUGUGCGUGAGUGCAUGCAUCUGUGUUCAUGGCAUGGAGAGCGUGUUAAUGUGUCCUCAUGCAGAGUGAGUAGAGAGCACACCUGUCUCUGCGUGCGUGCGUGCAUGUGUAUGUGUCUGUAUUCAUGGCAGGGAGAAUAUAUGUGUGUGUCUGCGUGCCCACGUGCAGAGAGAUGGUGCGUCAUGAAGGACACGUGCCCACGGCGGUGACGGGAGCACGACGGUGGCGGCGGGAGAGUGGCGGUGCUAAGCGGGAGCUCCCGCAGGUGGCACUGGUGCUGUCAGCGGUCGGAGGGUGGGGGGUGGUGGCGAGCACUGACCAGGGGGCAGCAACACCCAGAGACCUUGCCAGCAAUGUCGGCGGUGCGUUUUUGUAGGGGGUGCAGUGCCACGCUCAGGGGGGGCAUGUGUACAUGCGUGCAUCCCUACACAUUGCCCCUGUGGUAAGUAGAGUCACACAAGGAAAAAUGGUCACAAACUGACAGAGAGCAGAUUUAGGCUAGGUAUCAGGAAAAACUCCUUCAGAGUAAGGGUGGCCAAAAUUUGGAGUGGGCUCCCAAGGGAGGCGGUGCUGUCUCCCACCUCGGGGGUCUUUAAGAGAGGGCUGGAUAGGCACCUGGCUGGGGGCAUCUGGCCCAGCGCUCCUUCCUGCCCAAGCAGGGGGUCGGACUCGAUGAUCUGUUGAGGUCCCUUCGCACCCUAGCAUCUGUGAAUCUGUGAAUCCGUGCUUAAAGUAUACCAUUUUGUCAGCCUUCAGACCUAGGAGACUUCACAUUUUGUCAUGAGAGCACGCUACCAACAUCCAAGGUGGUUAGCACGUGGGCACUGCUUUAUAGUUAUUUUUUUUAAUGUUUGCAUGAACUGAUCUCCCCAAGCUCACAAAAUGACUUUUUAGUCUUCUACUUCACUUCCCUUUCCCAAACAAGGCCACGGAGCCACUAUAACAAAUGUAUCUUGUGUUUCACUCUUAGUGACAAAAGGGAUUUAUCUAAUCUUCUUAUGCCGCUGCUUCUGUCCCUGGAGUAGCACACCAAGAGAGCAUCGAAUCACCAACUAUGGGACUGGAAGAGACGUCGGGGCCGUCUAGUCACCCCCUACUCAAGGCAGGAGCACGCCCUACAAACCCGUCCAGCCAAGCAUCAACCCUGCUCGUACGCAUUGGUAAGCAUGGAGAUUGCACAACUCUCCGGGUAGCCCAUUUCCGUGUUCCAAAAAACCUAAAAAAAAUCACCCUCAUAUAGAGCGAAAGGUCUUAUAUCGAACCAAAAUAUCCCCUGCUGCAAUACUUGAUUUACUCUGAGUCUGUUGCUGUGGCUGAAGAAAACAGGGCACGUCUCCAUCCUCUCCAUGGCCACCUCUCAGGGAUUUGAAGACAUCGAGCUCUCGAGGACUAAUCUCACAACACAGUCGUUCAACCAAGAUACGUCCAUCUUCCAGUCCGUUCAUCCCAAACGAAAGAGAUAGCGCCAUUAUCGUUAAGGAAGCAGGCAGGAAAGGUAACAUGAGGAUGGCAGAGAAGGAGCAUUACCUCAAGGCGCAGUAAGCACAUGAUAUCCAUGAAAGAGCCUCUUCAGCCGCAGCUCUGGUGAAAGGGCUGUUUGUCCAAAGGCAGAAGAGGGAGAUCCAGGGCACGGAUCUGGUUAAACAUUUCGCCCUCCAGAAAGGGAAAGGGCUUGAAGGGAAACUGAGGGAAGUUACCCAUGAAAGCGGUGCAAUGCUGAGAGACUGGGAGGAUCCACACCGUCAAAGGGCCGACAGUAGGCAGCAAGUAAUACAGUGUAUUUUCCCACAGCUCAGAGCUGGGAGCCAGCGGGAGCCCCCCGGCCUACAGAAAUAGAGGUUACGUCACUGCAGGGAACACAUGUGAGAUAGACCUGGGCCGUAUGUUCUUGUGCACACACAAUAAAUGGUGUUCGUUAGGAGCUGUUGUUGGAGUCCCUUUCCUCAUCCGCUGUCACAGUGCCCUGGAGGGAAACCCUUGCAGGGUCCAGGCCUGGUUGGAGUCCCUCCUUGUGAGUACCAUCAGGUCGUGUGCAAGCCAAGCCCUGUCUCACACCCGGUGGCUGAUGCAGCGGUGCGGCCGGACACGGCCGAGACGUGCAGGUGGGCAGACCCGGAGAACGUGACACGCAUCACAAUGGCCCCUUCUAGAACCGGCUCGUCGCCGUGCGGCUCUUGGAGACGCACACAGCAGGUCAACUGCUCCCGACCCGACACUGGUUGUUGUCAGGUCACACCCGUGUCCUUGCGAUCACCCUGACCGCAAGGCUACAGAAAACUGGAGAGCUUGUUAUCCCAGGAUACAACCAUGGGAUCCUUUGGAGACACAGGAAGGGCAGAGCAGGAGGAGGGCUAUGGGUGCAGCUGCAUCCCUCUGCCUUCUUUCCUCCAGCGCCUCCGCACCCGAGAGCCGAGGCCCCGAGCAGGCAGCCAGGAAGGGCAGGAGCAGCUAUUUGACAGCGGAGACUGGAGGACCUUGCAGGCUCAAUGGAGGCAGCAGCUGCAGCUGCAGGUCAUGCAGAAAAAUGUAGAUGCUCUUCUGGAGGAUUUUGGGAACAUACAUACAUUUUUCGCAACAUACAGGACCUUUGCCUCUCCUGGUGAGGUCCUAGAAAUGCUCCUCAGCAGGCAUGGAAAGCUGGAGACCUUGAGCUGCAGAGGAGAUGAAAGUCCAGAUUUCUCAGCGGACUCCAGGGCAGUCCUCAGGAAUCCAAUCAUCUUCUUCUUGAAAACUUGGCUGCACUUCAGCCCUGAAGAUUUCAAAGAGCCGCCGAAGUACCACACACUGCAGAAAGUAAUAGCACACCUGAACAAGAACGUCCCUGGCUGUGACGUUGAAAUGGAGGCCAAACACCUCCUCCACCAGUUUCAAAACGAAGCAGAAAAUGAGAGCCAGCCUGAGGACCAGCCAGGAGACCAGCCAGGGGACCAGCCCAAGGGCCAGCCCAGGGAACUGCCUGAGGUCCAGCCCGGGAAGCAGCCCAAAGGCCAGCCCGGGGAGCAGCCGGAGGACCAACCUGGGGUUCAUCCCAAGGACCAGCUGGGGGACCAGCCCGAGGGCCAGCCAGGGGCCCUGUCCGAGGACCAGCCCAGGGACCUGCCCGAGGUCCAGCCUGGGGAGCAGCCUGAGGGCCAGCCAGAGGACCAACCUGGGGACCAGCCCAAGGGCCAGCCCAAGGACCAGCCCGAGGCCCAUCUGGGGGACCGACCUUGGGACCUGCCCGAAGUCCAACCCAAGGGCCAGCCUGGAGAGCAGCCCGAGGUCCAGCCCGGGGUGCAGCCCGAGGGCCAGCCCGGGGAGCAGCGGGAGGAACAACCUGGGGACCAGCCCAAGGGCCAGCUAGGGGACCUGCACGAGGUCCAGCCCAGGGACCUGCCCAAGGUUCAGCCCGGGGUGCAGACCGAGGGCCAGCCGGAGGACCAACCUGGGGACCAGCCUGAGGGCCAGCCCAGGGACCAGCCCGAGGACCAUUUGGGGGACCGACCUUGGGACCUGCCCGAGAGCCAACCUGGGGACCUGCCCAGAGUCCAGCCCAAGGGCCAGCCCAGGGACCUGCCCGGGGACCAGCCCAGGAACCUGCCUCAGGAAAAGAACGAAGACGCCUACAUCAUUCACUGCUCAGUGCCGAACAGUCAAGGUGCUGUGUACAAAGGCAUUCUGUUAACGAGCCAAGACACAACUAGAGAUGUGAUCUCAAAAAUUAUGAGAAAAUAUGAUCUGGACAUGGAGGAAGCUGGAAACUACCAACUUGUGCAGGUCAUUUCGGAACACAAAGAGCUAGUCUUCCCACAGGAAGCAAAUGUGCUUUCUUAUAUGAACAGCCAGGGGAACGCAGACAUCAGCCAAAGAAGAAAGCCAGCUUUCCGUGCCUCCCCAUUGUCUGCUGCAGACAAGAAAAAGAGGAGGCGCCUACCUCGCCUCUUUAGAGGCAGCAGGGUCAGACCCGAAUGAGAGCAUCCUGACAAGGAGCUGACACGAAUACCAUUCUCAGGCUGGGGGAGACUGGGAACCUGUGGGGGGUUGGGGUGCAGGCAUGGGAGGGAUGGGGUCAGGUGGGAAUGGGGAGCAGAAGGGAAUAUAAUUUAUGUUCAGGAGGGAUGUUGGGCACAAGGAGUGGGAGGGAGAGGGGGAAAAUGGGAGGGAGGUUUGUUACAAGGCGGGGAUAAGGGUAGGGUUUUGCAAUUGCAAGAAAGCAGACCCCUGGGUGGGGGAAGGGGUAUAUACCCUUCCCCUUGCCCCCCCAGCCCUGCCGGUGCCCCUCACUCCCAACCCACAGCCCCUUUCCCACCCACCCCCAUACCUCCUGGUGCUCCUCCCUUAUCCUGCAGAGAAUGAAAGUAGCCAUCAAUCCCUUCUUCAAUUGCCCUGAUCCCCCUCAGCCUGCUCACCUCUGCCUGGAGCCCCCUCACCUGCCCCUCCAGGGCCUCAGUCCGGGCACAGGUGGGACAGGCAAGAGACUCCCGGCCCCCACGCUACCCCCAGGCCUCAGAGGUCCCGCCAGGCAGCCCCCGCAGACAGGGCUCAGGGCACUGCCCACCCAUCCAAGGGGCCUGUCUGGGUGGAGGCCUCACAGGAGCUGCGGGCCGGAGGCAGCAGCAGGGCAGGGGCCUUGGCUGCGCUCCGUGUCACCACCCCAUAGUAGCACCCCUCCUCCUUCACUUCCCUGAAGUCUCUGGCAUAAGCCCCCACGUGCUCCUGCCCAUGCCUGGCCUGUGAACUGCAGUCAAACUGCUCCCCUGUUGGCAGUCCCUGUUCGCUGGCUCCCUGGUCACAGCCUGGUCCCCAACAGUUUGUGAUGCACAAACACUCUCGGGAGACGAGGUUAGUUAUAUGCUCAAGACCUUUCCCAGCUUUCAUUGGCAUGCAUGGUUUUCAAACUGUUUUGGGAAGGCUUCUGGAUCAUCUCCAUGUUUGUUGUGAGGGGAGAUUGGUGUGUUCAGCCUGAGGGAGCAGCUGGGGCUCGCUAAGCGCCUGCAACUCCAGGGUUUGACUGCAUCCUGAGUACUGCGAGAUGGUGUUUACACUUGAACCUGGCCUCUUGGCCACCAUGCUCAUGCUGGCGCUGGACCUCUUUGUGCUGGUGCUGGGCCUCCUUCUCCACCAUCUCCAUUCGCUUCAGCUCCAGGUCAUGCUUGAGCUUGCGCUCCUCAGCUUCCAGCUGCAGCUGGUAUUUGCACAAGUCCCACUCAG